AGUCAAGUCAAGUGUGUAUAAUGGCAGAAGCCGUUGAACCCGUACUUUUCACUAAAGUAACGGUUUAUUCUCUACUCGCGUGUGUGGCUCAAUUUGCUGUCGGGUUUGCUUUCGCGCAAAAAUGGGGGAAUAAAUGUUCAGCUGGUGAUCGGUGGGUCCUCGUGUGGUUAUUUUACGACGCAAUAGUUCAUUUUACUCUGGAGGGACCCUUCGUCUACAUGUCACUUGUUGGAAAUGUAGCAACUUCUGACAAUCUGUUGGCAGAACUAUGGAAAGAAUAUGGCAAGGCAGAUGAGCGCUGGUUAUACUCAGACCCGACAAUAGUAUCUCUAGAACUUCUGACAGUGGUUUUAGAUGGUUCUUUGGCCCUGCUUCUGGUCUAUGCCAUCAUUAAAGACAAACACUACAGGCACUUUGUUCAGAUCACGCUGUGUGUGUGUGAGUUGUACGGGGGCUGGAUGACCUUCUGUCCAGAUUGGAUAAUCGGAAGCCCUAACCUGAACACCAGCAACUGGCUGUACCUGUGGGUCUACCUGGUGUUCUUCAACGGGAUCUGGGUGCUGGUGCCUGGACUCCUCCUCUGGCAGUCAUGGAGGGAUUUAAGAAGAAUGCAUCAGUAUCCAAAGAAGAAGAACAGAUAAAAUCAGAGCAAGCCUGAUAAUUAGUAAUUAACCAUAUAAUUAUUAGGGGCCAAGCACCGAAGGUGCGUAGCUAGGCACCUAUUGUAAUCUUUAAUGUUCUUAUUCUUCUUCCUUUUCUUCUGCUCUGGAAGUCUAUGGCAGCCCAUAGAAACGCUUGUGGGAAAGUUAUGAAAUUUGGCACACAGAUAGAGGACAGUCUGAACUGUCACCAUAGCAAAUUUGGAAUCUCAAGACGAUUCGAUUGCACCCUAUGACGUCAUUUUCCAUCACGAAAAUGUUUCCGUCAUUUUGAAUUUUCCGAAAAGCCUACUUUUCCUCCUCCUAGGCCGUUGCUUUUUACAAAUUUAUCCAGAUCAUCUUCAGACAAUGCCAACAAAAAGUUAUGGAAUUCAAGUUGAUUUGUCAAACCGUUCUUGAAUAGCGCGUGAACAAUUUCAGCGAAGUGCCCGGAAAAUUUAACAUGACUCUAGCUUAUUCUGACUAAACUUGAUGUGUUAUUACAACCAUGACCUGAGGCUACCUGCACAGUUUCGGUGCAGUGCUACCUAGUGGUCAGGAGAUCCGAAAAAUGGCUUUUUUGGCUUAUAACUUCUGAACAGUGUGCCCAAAAUUCACAAAAGUUCUCUUUAGAUUCAGAUCAGCGUGUCGAGUCAUAUGAUACCCAAUUUUCCCAUAUCGGCCAUCUUGAAUUUUUUCCGUAAAAUUCUAUAUUUUACGAACGCAUUGGCGUAUCGUUACGAAACUCGGUAGCCUAUGUGUCUUCAGUACCAUGCCAUACCAUACCAUUGACAGUACUCAAAAAGAUUCUGGCCAGUGGCACCUUGUGGUCAAAAGAUACAAUGAAAUUUCCAAAAAGGAUAAUAACUUUUGAAUAAGUUAGAUUAUUGGUAUGAAACUGGUCU